UCCUUCCUCUGGCAGUGCGGAGAAAGUGUCCCAAAAUGUCUGCUCACUUGCAAUGGAUGGUUAUUCGAAACUCCUCAAGUUUCCUUAUCAAGAGGAAUAAUCAAGUUUAUAGCACGGAACCGAACAACCUUAAGGCUCGGAACUCAUUCAGGUACAAAGGCCUAAUCCACAGGAAAACUGUUGGUGUAGAACCAGCUGCUGAUGGAAAGGGAGUAGUGGUCAUUCUGAAAAAGUGUGCAGGUCAACACAAACCUGUUACAUCCUAUGAAAAAAUAACCAUCAACAAGAACCCCCGCGCUACUUUAAGCAGCGUUCGCCACAUUAUCCGCAAGAAUAACUACAGGAAGGACCUCCGCAUGGCGGCUCUCAGACGUGCAAGAGCUAUCCUAAAAACUCAGAAACCUGUUGUGGUUAAAAAGAAGCGCACCCGAACUGCCAAGACUGCAUAAUUUGUUCUGCAAAAUGCAUAAUAAAAAUGCUUCUACAAACCUAAAAAAAA